GCUCUAUUUGCCUUGACGUCCAGAGAAAGAAGGGGCAGUGAAUCAAUACUGCUGGUUAUAGGUUAUUGUAUACGGUUCAUGUAUAAUAUAUGGAGUAACUGCUGUCGUGCGCGUGACCGCAUCCAUACUAUCAAUAUCCACACUAUCGACACGGAUGUCCAGCUUCAAGGAGAAGAUAUGUAUCAGGGCAUAAUGACAACCAACCACGGACCCCACUCUUAUGAGGCCGGAUUUCUGCACAACACCUCGACGGGCACCCCGCCGGUUUAUGUGCCCACCACCCGGGUCGUCACCCCCAUGAUGCCCGCGCUGCCUUACCUCCAGACGCCCGGCGCGUCGCAGCAAGGCAGCCCCGCGUCGAGCCACUCGGCUUGGGCGCAGCCGUGCGCCGACGCGGUGCCCUCGUACAACCACUCCCCGGUGUCUCCGCGCUUCGCCUUCUCCACCAGCCCGCCUCUGUCCUCCGGCGUGGCCACGGCUCGGGACACGGCGGCUCCUUACGGCAGCAGCAGCAGCAGCAGCAGCCCGUUGAACAUCUCCGCCAACGGGAGGGAGCACUACGGCGGCCGGAGCCUCAGCGGGUCGUAUCACAGCCACUACCCGGCCUACAUGGGCCCGAACGUGGGUGGAGCGUGGUCGACGUCUCCGUUCGAUAACCCGGUCCUCCACGGUCUGCAAACCGGUGCUCCUCAUGGCACAACACGGCACCCAAACAUAGACCUUUUCGAUGACUUCGCCGAGGGGCGAGAGUGUGUGAACUGCGGGGCGAUGUCGACCCCCCUGUGGAGGCGAGAUGGGACAGGCCACUACCUGUGCAACGCCUGCGGACUGUACCACAAGAUGAACGGCAUCAACAGACCUCUCAUCAAACCUCAGCGGCGGCUGUCUGCCUCGAGGAGGGUCGGCCUGUCCUGCACCAACUGUCACACCACCACCACCACCCUUUGGCGACGGAACGCAGAGGGAGAGCCGGUGUGCAACGCCUGUGGCCUCUACAUGAAACUACACGGGGUAGCACGACCCCUGGCCAUGAAGAAAGAGGGGAUCCAGACCCGCAAACGUAAACCCAAAAACCUCAACAAGUCCCAAACUGGGACCCCGGGCAGUGACGGGACUCACGUCACGCCCAGCAGCACUCCCCGGGCCUCCGCCACCGCAGAGGAGCCUCGGCCGAUAAAGACAGAGCCCGACACCCACAACUUGUACGCACACCACAGCGCGCACGCACAGAUUUCAGCCCUGCCGGCCUACAUGGCAGCCCAAGGCGGGGCCAUUCCUCUCAAGAUGCCCCCCGGGGGCCACAGCGUGUCUUCUGGCUCCAAAGCCGAGCCGUGGAACAGCCUCAUCCUGGCCUAGAGGACCCGCGACCCUGCACAAUCAAACCCUACCGAUUAAACUCUCCAGAGAGACGAGCGUCUCCAGGAAGCAGACUGACGCUCUGGAUGCAGAUGUUCCCGCAGCCUUCACACCGUUCGGUGCCUUCAGUGCUAAGCUUUGGGACAAAAGAAAUGGAGAUCUUUAACACAAGUGCACGGGUACCGUGCAUUCGGCAGCAGCAACCGAUGGACCGAGUUUGGUAAAGAGCACCACUGCGAUUGGACAAAGUUUCAGUCGGUCGCCCCAACACGCCUGUGCAGGGGCGGGAGGCGGCGGAUGCUGCAACAUAAACCAGUAACAAAUCACAGUAAUGUCUAUUUUAUUUCAAUAUAAUUGUUUUCUUUUUCAUCUUGACAAUUCUGCCAAAAAAUUAUGAACGUUCGAAUCAUGAAAAAUAAUCACAGGACACCUUCGUUUAUAAGGUCGAUGAGGAGAUGCAAGUGUACUUAAAAACAAAAACAACAACUAGAUUUUGUCUAGACCGUGUUGACAAUAAUCAAGUCUCUUUAUCAAUCAAACAAUUUGUCGGUUACUUAUUAAUCCACAAACCUCACUGAGGUCUGUUUUCAGUGUUUUGUAUGUUUCGUAGUUUUAAACUGUUGAAACAUUCAAUUAUCCGGAAUAUUUGGUGAAGCACGUUGCUAUUAAGUCUUUUAAAGGACACAUUUAGCUCCACGUAUAAAAUUUUUAGCAGUCUCAGCAGCAAUACGUAUCUGCAAAUACAAAAAAAACAUGUAUGUAAUUUAUGAUCCGGGUUGAACUGAACCCUUACACACUUCCCAAAUUAACACACCGAUUGCAGUCACUUAAAUGUGAUACCAGCGAUUGCAAAGAACACUUACAAUUUCAUCUAAUUGUACAAAGAACAGCUAAUCAGAUGCAUUUCUCCAAAUCUUACUGCAAUUCAGAAAGAAUUGCUCAAAAGCAUCACUCCUCUGCACCAGAGACCGUCGGUAAACGUGAUUUCCAACGCGUUAGAAAGAGUUCCCUUGUGACCUUCUGUUCCUCAAUCAGCCUUUUUUGAUCUAAAAUGUAAAAAACACCACGUCAGUAUUGACACCUCUAUGGAAAAAAUACAUGAAAAACUACCUAUACAGCGAGCAUGAUGAAUGUGGGUGGAGUUAUUGUACAUAGCGCCCUCUGCUGACACAAGAGCAGAUGUGCAUCCAUAACAAAAGCUUAUACAUCUUCAAUCCCCCCCAGUAUUUAUUAUUAUUAAAUGACCCCCCCAGUCAUCUAACUGUCAUCUACUAGCUGAGGGUGGUGGGACUUGUUGAUGUGUUGUAUCCGACUGUACAGAUUGUUAUUAAUACUCAUUGCUUUGAUUUGCUUGUGACAAUCAUAAGGCGGCGUGUGUAAAAGUGGGACAAAUAUAUGAGCAUAUAUGUAGAAAAAAACAAUCCACUCCAGUAUAAUUGCAUUUGUUGUGUUGUAAGUGAAGACACGGUGGGAGACGUGUGGACUUUCUCGGUGUGCAACUGUAUCUGCCUGAGGAAACUAAUAAAGACAAAGCAUUUCGCCACGA